AUGGGUUUACAAUGGACGGUAACCUACACGUUUGGAGCUUACACAUGGGCAACAAAUGCUGGACUUGUAAACCUGCAAAUUCCAAUGCCUUCCCUGAUGGAUUUGUGGUAUACAACCUUACUAAAAAGCCGCUGUUUCAGGCCCAAUUCCGAAAGACUGAGCUUUAAAUUCCCCAUAUCCCAAUUAAUUUUAAGGCCUCUUCUAAAGCAGGAGGAAAUUGAUAUAAUAUCUUACCGAAAUAGUUUAUAUAAAAAUGGCUGCAUUUAUGGUUCCUUUGUUACGACAGUCUUCUUACUUGAUACGUCGGCAAGCAUGACAGGAGAAGGUCUGCAGCAAAUGAAAAGAGCAUUUAGGGAUAUCAUUUCCGAGUUUUCCAAGCAUUCCUCUGCCAUACCAGAAAAUGUCUCAAUUGUAACUUUUGGUGAAGAGGUAAAAGUACUUCAUUACUAUUCCACUGAUUACACGACGAUCGCCCAAUGUGUAGAUAAUAUACAUUGUGGAGGAUCAAGUCCAUUAGAAGCAGGCAUUAUAAUGUGUUUGUCAGGGAUAGGUUCAGCACCCUACAUCGCCAUUGGAUCAUAUCACGUCAGGACAAGAAUAGUAAUCAUCACUGAUGGUAAACCAACAGAGAUAUGUACAGGAAACGACCAAGAAAUCUACGAAUCUCGUGUAUUAGAUGAAACAAGUGACAGGAUCAUUGAUCUAGUGAGAAAAAUAGGAGCAACUAACCCAAUCUUCUGUAUUCCUGUUGGGGCUGAUCCUGACAUCUGCUUUCUUGGAACUAUGAUCAUGCAAUCAAAAGGAGGAAAGAUUAUUCCACACCAGGAGGCUGGUCAGUUUGGCAAAUACACUGUCAAUACGGAAUUGGCAUCCAAAGUACUUCAACGAAUGCCGGUAGAAAAUCUAACUUCCAGAGCAGCAAUUAAAGCCGAAGUUUGCUAUAUGCAGAGUGUUUCUGAGAAGGAUUUAGAUGACGUCUGUGAAAUUAUUGAAAACAGAGAAGCAUAUAAAUCAGGUCGUGAAUUGAGAGAAGAAGCAGAAAUUGAGAAUGAAAUGGAGUAUCAAGAGAGAUAUGCACAUAUGCCUUGUGUAGGUACUCGUGUCCGAAGAGCACCAGAUUGGAGCUGGAAAAACCAAGAUGGACAUGGUGCAGGAACUGUUGUAGGACAUUCUAAAAGAGUUGGAUGGAUUAAUGUUGAAUGGGACACAGGUCUUCAGUUGUCAUAUAGAUAUGGUGACAAUGGCGUUCUAACAGAGUAUGACAUUGUACCUUGCGAUGAACCUAGAAUACUAGAGAACCAAGCAAUUGCUGUUGGAUGUCUAGUCAUGAGAGGUAGAGACUGGAAAUGGGAUGAACAAGAUGGAGGGGAGGGAAACAUCGGAACAGUGUAUCGCCUUAAAUCGCCAACAGAGAUUUAUGUUCGCUGGUCAAAUGGAAACAAGAGCAAUUACAGAUACGGAUACAAUGGCAAAUUCGACGUAGAAUUAUGUGAUCCAUUUGAUCCAAAUAUAAGAGAAAUUUUAAAAAGACAAGAAGAAAAGCAAAGAGAACCAAGGGCUUAUUCUAACACAGAGUCAAACAGAAAAAAAUCCAGCAUCACUCCAAAGACAACGUCAGUAACAAAUAAGACUAAUACACCAUACUAUAAGAAUUCUAGGGACAGAUCAUCAAGCAGGAGGUGGCAAUGGAGAGCUGAUAAAUGGACUGAUUUUCCAGAUGAAGAAAAUGAAACAAUACAGCAAUUUUAUACACAGACCACAGGAAGAACUUUCCUUAUUACUCUUAAUGGACAAUUGUAUAGAAUUAAUCUUCAAAAGAAAUGGAUGGUGAAUACCAGUACCAAAGAAGUUAUUGAUAUCAGAUUGUUAUAA